AUUAGGGCAUUUUUUGACAUUGUCAGAUCCCGUCUUUUUUAUAAGGAACUCGGUUUAAUUCGGGAAAUCCCCGUGAAUACAUGAGCUUGCCUGAUUUUUGCGAUCACAAUGAGUCGCGAAGUGCUAUCCCCUCCUGUCCAAACGAUGAGCCAAAAUCGACGCUAUAGGGUUAACGUGGUGCACGAAGAUUUCGGCGGUGCAAAGUGGAACGGCCAAAAUAAACGAGCUAAAGGAGAAAACAAGGCCUACCAGGAAACAGAUCUUUAUGCCGACGACGACGACGAGGAGGAUCCAGCUGCUACUCGAAUUGAGGAGACGCCAAAUGGCGAUUUUAAGCUUGCUCUUCAUGUUCCGAAAUCAUUCUAUGGGGGACUAAUUGGCAUGAAAGGCUCUACGAAGCGUCGCAUCGAGGAAGAGACCAGGACCGAGAUCUACGUUCCACGUCAAAACGAGAGAUCCAAUGACGUCGUUAUCAAAGCCAAACAACGCAGCCAGGUGUGCGCUGCACUGCGUCAAAUCCGCCACUUACUUGCCUCCCUGCGCAAGAAGAUGAAGCCCACCCACUUUUUGGCCGUAGCUCUAAACACCGGUGAAGUCCAGCAGCGUUUUGUGGAGUUGAAGAGAAACAUUUUGGAGGCUCAGUUGCCGGGAAUCGAUGAGGAGCUAUUUAUCUCUGAGCGCUGCAUCCACCUUACCCUAGGUGUGUAUGUGCUCCUGGACGACGACGAGCGUCAAAGGGCCCUCAAUGAGCUGGAGGCCUGUCGUCAGUUUCUGGCUGACCUAAAAACUCCAUUUGACAUGAAAGUCAACGGCCUGGAGAUUAUGAACGACGAUCCCAGCUCCACUCGCGUUCUAUACGGUCGUAUUGAGUCUUCGGACUUGCAGAAGUUCGCGGAUAAGUGUCUGGCCCACUUCCAGACCACCGGCCUGUGCGCCACAGACAAUAAUGACCGCGAGUCUAUCAAGCUCCACAUGACAGUGAUGAACAACCGUUACCGCAAGGAGGCAAUGAAGUCCGGGAACAGCUUUGAUGCCCGCGAGAUCCUGAAGCGCUUUGGGGACUUUGACUUCGGUUCAGCGGAAUGCCAGGACGUGCACCUCUGCGUCUUGAAAUCGCGUGGGGAGGACGAAUUUUACAAGAUCUCGGGCAGCUUGAAGUUCUAAAAAACGUUUCUCUCUCAUUCCGUAUAAUUAAAGUUUGAACAAAGAAACGUGAAAAACCAAACAUUAGGAAUUACACAUUGCUUUAUAAAUAAAUGCUAUCACCAAUAAAUACACAUAUACGAUUUA